CCUUGUCCUUGUCGUAUAGGCGAUUUGUAACACUUCGUCGUUUCAUAAACCUAUACUCUGCAAUUCUUGACUUGGUUCCUGGUUGUUACUAUACAAAGUGCAAAGUCUUAGCGCCAUUGUUCACACGAAGAUGCCUAUCAAAUGGGUUUUGCAUUGGCAACCCAAUGUAGGGACAACAGCGAGUGGUCAAAUCGUGAAUGAAGUAACACAAUGCGUCGAAAGCAUGAAUGGCGUCAAAGAUGGCAGGUGGAAAGCUACUCUUACUUUUUACAAGCCUAUGCUUCGAGACCAGUCUUUACUUCCUGAGUUCCCUCGAGAUUUUAUGGGGAUUUCGCUACCGGAGCAACCCAACAAGUAUUAUUUCAUAAUUCGUGGGCAGCGUUUGGUUCUCGAGGCUGAUUCAACAAUUCAGACAAUAAUGGAUAAAUUACAGUCAUACAAAUCGAGGGUCUCUCUUAAUUUUGAGGGGAAUCAGUACCAACUUGGAGACUUCCAAUUGAGGGUGGGGAAAGUUUCACCUGCUCAUUCUGAAGCUUUGAGAGGAAUAGUGAUGGAGUUGGAGUACCUCCCUAUCUCUUCAAUUGAAAAGGCUAGGCAGAUGAUGGAUGAUUUCCUCGAUCUAUGGCAGGAUGCUGUGUCAAAAAGAUCAUUACCAGGUCACUUCAUGCAUAUAGAACCAAAUUUUGCCGAUUUCGGGCUUGGAGACCAUUAUACCUCGCAACAUACAGCCGUCCAAUACGCCAUUGUUGUAGCUCAAGUAAUAGCAACAGUACAAGCAGGGCAAGCGGUGAGAAAUUAGGGAAUGAAUUUUUCAAAGAAAUGAAACUUGUUUACUUGUUUUAUAUAAUAGAUAGAGACUGUCUUCUAGCAUGAUAGAUGUUUUAUUUCUUAGAAGUAAAUCAGGUUGCUUUAAUGUAUAUGCUAGUUUUGGAAGGAAGAAACUGAGGGACUUAUUGUUAAUCGAAUACAAUGCUGAAUUUUCCCUUUUA